CCAUGCGGCUCCUGCUUGGGGCACUGCUGCUGGGCUGGCUGUGUGGGGCCUUUGCCGCUGAGGAGUCCUGUGAGGGGCGCUGUGACAAGGGCUUUGAUGAGCAGAAGAAAUGUCAAUGCGACGACCUCUGCGUGUACUACCAGAGCUGCUGCAAUGAUUACUCAACGGUCUGCAAACCCAAAGUGACCCGUGGGGAUGUCUUUCUUCAGCCAGAGGACGAGUACCAGGAUUACUACGAUGGCGAUCUUGCCAAUGCCACGACCACCAUACCCACCGACCCCUUCUCGGAGCCAGUGAGCAGCGACCCACAGGAGUUCUGGCCGACGGAAGAGUCAGACACAGCCGCUGGUCCAACCUUCUGGCCUGAGCCAGAGACAGGCACCCAAGAUCCCGAAGAGGAAUUCUUGUGCAGUGGGAAACCCUUCGACGCUUUCACGGCAUUGAAAAAUGGCUCCAUCUAUGCCUUUCGUGGAAAAUAUUUAUAUGAACUUGAUGAGAAGAGUGCGAUGCCUGGGUACCCUAAACUUAUCCAGGAAGUGUGGGGCAUUGAGGGACCUAUAGAUGCAGCCUUCACCCGCAUCAACUGUCAGGGCAAGACCUACUUCUUCAAGGGGAGCCAGUACUGGCGCUUUGAGGACGGAGUCCUGGACCCCAAAUUCCCCCGCAACAUCUCUGACGGUUUUAAAGGGAUCCCCGACGAUAUCGACACUGCUUUCGCCCUACCUGCUCAGAACUACUUUACCAGCGAGAGGGUCUACUUCUUCAAAGGGAAGCACUAUUGGAGCUACGACUUUGAGAAGCAGCCGAGCCACAAGGACUGCCAGGAGACGUCUCCGUCGCUGGUCUUUGACCACUUUGCUCUCUUGCUGGACGACAGCUGGGAGGAAAUCUUUAUGGAGCUUUUCGGGGGCGUGAGGAGGAGCGGGGCCAGCAGGCGACGCUACAUUAGCCGGGAUUGGCGAGGGGUGCCGAGCCGGCUGGAUGCCGCCAUGGUCGGCCGGAUCUACGUGGCGCAGAGCCCCUCGAAACGUCGCUCGAAGAAGCGGUCAUCACGCCGGCAUCGCAAGAAGUAUCGCAGCCGCCGCAGGGGCCAGCGGAAGUCGAGGGCCUGGGAUUGGUCAGAAGAUACUAGCUCAGAGUCCAUGGACCUGGACUGGCUGCUGGGCACACCCACCUCCUGCCAGCCCAUCCAGAGCGUCUAUUUCUUCGUGGAAGACAAGUACUAUCGCCUUAACCUGCUCACGCGGCGUGUGGACUUCGUGUACCCCAGGUACCCACGCAACAUUGCCAAGUACUGGCUGGGUUGCCCGUCUGAUGCAGAAAGGGCCUAGCUGCUCUCUUCAAACUGACACCAGCAGCCAAAUAAAGCCUCUC